CACAAUUACAGUAGUAUCAUCAUUAUCACCUGUAGACAAUGAGGGCUACAAGUUCUCCUUCAUGAUGCGUGUAAUGAGCUUUGCUCAGGCGACUGGACAAAUUGUACAUGAUGGAGGCUGAUUACACACUACAUACUGGACUGUAUCUCGAUUGUCCAGACUGCGGCGGCGUCCCCAACAAGAGCCAUGGGUAAAGAAGAGGAUACUCCCUCGGCAGAGAUUCAAUCGCAAGCCUCCGAAUCGAGACCACCGCUCCCGCCUCGUCCUAGCGAGCUCAACCUGUUACAAGUGCGGCCUCCGAGCAGUCAUGCCUCGCAACCCUCCGCGCGACCAGGUCUUCUUGCAGGGCCAACGACGGCAGUAUCCAUGACCGAUGUGAACAGUUUCAAUCGACCAGAUGGUUCGAAGGAAACACGAGUUGCGCCUUCUCGCACCUCAUCCAGCCGUUCAAUUGCUGCAUCAGCUUACAAGAGCACAAGUGAAGGUGCCGAGGAUACCUCCAGUAUCAGGAGUUAUAAACCAUUCGGAAGAUUUGUACAAGACACCGAGAGUAUCUUUGAUGGUGACCUGAGGGACGACAAUGGACUUUCUUCGUCAAAUAGUGAGCAUGCACUGUUCGAAAAGGAUGUCGACCAUGCCUACGAUCAAGGCGAUGUCGACUUUACGAAGGAAUUCGAAGAGGUAGACGACAAAGUAGUCGGCGAAGACGUGGCACACAUGGUGUGGAAAGCGAAACGGAAACACUUUAUCAUUCUCUCUGCAGCUGGCAAACCAAUCUAUACUCGACAUGGCUCCGACGCGGUGAUUUCCAGCUAUGUCGGAAUUGUACAGACCAUCAUCUCAUCCUUUGCUGGGAAUGGCGACCAACUGAAGAGCUUUCAAGCCGAUGGCGUUCGAUUCGUCAUACUUUCCCAGACAAAUCUGUUUCUGGUUGGCAUCACAAGUCUCCCUGAAAGCGAGGCUCAGCUACGCCUUCAGCUCGAGGCAUUGUACAUGCAGAUCCUCUCCACACUCACCUUGCCGACCUUGACGCACUUAUUCUCAGUACGUCCCUCGACUGACUUGAGAAGACCACUUCAGGGCACGGAGGUCUUGCUGUCAUCGCUCGCCGACAGCUUCACUCGUGGUUCACCCUCAACGUUAUUGUCGGCUCUGGAAUGUCUCAAGAUACGAAAGUCACACAGGCAGGUGAUCAACAACACCAUGAUCAAAGCUCGCGUCGACGACUUACUCUACGGGCUAGUCGUCGCAGGAGGAAGGCUCGUCAGCGUCAUCAGGCCCAAGAAGCAUUCAUUGCACCCGAGCGACCUCCAGCUGAUUUUCAACAUGUUGUUUGAGGCAGAAGGUAUAAAAGCAGGAGGUGGCGACUCUUGGGUGCCCAUCUGUCUACCAGGCUUCAACAACACUGGCUACCUGUACAUGUACGUCAGCUUUCUAGACAUGGGCGGUGAGCAUGUCCGAGAACUGGAGACCAACGAGCGCAUUGCCAAGGAGGACUCCGUUGCCAUUAUUCUGCUCAGCGCCAAUAAAGAGAGCUUCGAGGAUAUGCAUAGCAUGAAGAACUACCUGGUUCACGAGUUUCGACGUAAUAAGAGCAUGCACAUCAUCCACGCUUCCGUGCAGGCUGGACGGCCGACACCUACGGACAUCAUCGCAGGCACUGUCUUGCGGCACUUUCUCUACAAGUCCAAGGGCAACGUCCAAUUCUUCAUGCCAUCCUUUUCGCCGAAUUUCGAAACCUUGAAACAGCGAAGACGGUUGAUGUCGCUGUACCACAAAUUACACGCGGCGGUACACGCCAAGUAUGCCGCAGUCAAGGUCGUCCAUAGCAUCAGCACGACAGCCACGGCGCUGGCUUGGGUGACUCCUAUGUUCGAGCUUUACUGUGUGGCUGGUCCGUCGGUGUCGAGGAACGCCCUGGCCCAGAGUGCAAACAAGGUGGUUCAAUGGAUACAGCGGGAGGAAGAGCGCAUCUUUAUUAUUGGUGGUGCUGUCUUCUGAGGUUUCGCUGCGACGAAUGCUACGAACGCUACGAGGUGUUUGUUUUUUUGUCUGGAGCAGGCUCAUGUCGCGCAGUGUUUGUUUCUGGUUCCAAUCCACCCUUCCUACUUAUGUACAUGGUCACACCAAGUGUAUUGUUAUUGUCCGUAUAGUCAGUCGUGAGAAUUCCACGACUCGACAGCUCAA